CAAACCAAAAACCAGUCUCAAAGGGGCAAAACUCCACUCUCUCACGCUCUUAACCACACUUCAUACCCUACUUUGCUUUGAGUCUCCCACUUCUUUUCCUGGCCACCCAGGGUUUCUGCUUGCCUGAGCAGCAGUAAAACCACAAUAGCAGUGUUGCAAAUUUUUGAUAUGAAUGGAAAGCUUUGGUGGGUCCAAAGUUGCUGUUAUUGGCUGCCCUGUGAGGAAGAAGAGGAGUCGUGUAUCUCGUAGACCUCACCCUGAUUCACAGACAUUUCUACAGAGAUUUAAUUUUUUCCCAUCAUCACCACAACCUUUAGGCAGUGGAAGACACAAUGAAAACAAGAAUUUUAGUGAUGCAAUAGUUGUUCCUGAUGGAUUAGGAGCUGAAAACAAGCUGAAAAAGCUAAAGCUCAAGGUUGGUGGUGUUACUCAUACUAUUCACGCCAAGUCUAGCAACGACUUAAGUGGUGAUUCCUUGGUCACAAAUGUUAAUCACUGUUUUGAUGGCCCUAAGCAUCAUGAGAAGCGGCUUCUGCAGGAUAUUGAUGCCAAUCAUGUCUAUCCUUUGGACAAGGGGAAUGACCUUAAAUAUAAAUGGAAGGAUUUUUCCAAAACUGGUUCUAGUUUUGGAAAGGAAUAUUCUACAAGGGGAAUGACAUCUAAGGGAAGUCCUUCUCUGAUUUAUGAGCCAGUUCGCAAGAGUAACCGGGUUCCUAAAAGACGAGUCUUGGAUGUAGGAGUUAAUGAUAAUGAUGAUGAAGAUGAGGAAAUCCGAUUUCUUGGGAGACUGAAUGCUCCAAAAAUGCCUGAAGAUUAUGAAGAUGAGAAGAUUAGUCAAGUGGCUGAUGGCAUGUAUGGUGAUAAUGUGGAAUAUUAUGGAUCGCCAAGAUCAGGAAAAUAUGGUAGAAAGAAGUCAAAAUCAGAGAAAGUAUAUGAGGAUAAAGAUUAUGUGGAAGAAGAAAAAGAAGCAACCUUAGAUGUUGAAUUUGAAUAUGAAGGGAAGAAGUUGAAAAAGGGAUCUCUUGAUUUAUUUGUACAAGGAAGAAAUGUAUCGACUCCCACUACACGCAAUCGGGCAUUUCAAUCUGGCAAAGACGUUUUAUCUGGAUCUGGUUUGGGUAUUACUGACCUCUCAAAUGGGGCUUCAUCUAAAAGGAAAAAGGAGAAACUGUCUGAAGUAGAACAGCAAUUAAAGAGAGCUGAGGCUGCACAGAGACGUAGAAUGCAAUCAGAGAAGGCUGCUAGGGAGGCUGAGGCUGAGGCAAUUAGAAAAAUACUUGGUCAAGAUUCUGGAAGAAAAAAGAGGGAAGAGAAGAUGAAGAAGCGGCGAGAUGAAUUAGCACAGGGAAAGGCUGCUAACGCCAUUACACUUGCAUCAAACACUGUCAGAUGGGUCAUUGGUCCUACAGGGACAAUUGUUACAUUUUCUGAAGAUGUGGGUCUACCAAGUAUAUUUGACCCUGUGCCCUGCAGUUAUCCUCCCCCACGAGAGAAAUGUGCAGGUCCGAAUUGCACAAAUUCAUACAAGUAUCGGGAUUCCAAGUCGAAGCUUCCCCUCUGCAGUCUCCAUUGUUACAGGGCAAUACACCAGAAGAUGCAACCUCUACUUGCCUGCUGAUGUCAUCCCUUCUCUUCUCACGUAAUGUCUGCAACAUUGUAGUUUUGUCUGGUGAUGGUUGGAUUAGCAGGUGGAAUUUCAUCGUUUUGAAGUGAUGCAAAUUGAAUAUAAGUCUGGUGGGUAGCCUCAUAUCUCUGUGGAGAUCAAUUUUUGAAAAUGGAAUGAAUUGUAGGGGAAGGGAUUGGAUAUAUAUACAUAUAUAUUACAAAAAAUUUUAUGCUUGAAUUGAA